AUGCUUGCAGCCGCGACUUCGUUUUUCUCCCGAACAGCCAUAUCUCAGUCGUAUAAUAUUGCACCAUCAUAUGGCAGUAGGUCUUCCACCCCAGGUCCACUGGGAUCGUCUUCAAACCCACUUCCAUCUCCAACGUUACCGUCCGUUAAAAUUGGUCUAUGGAGAGUUCAGGGUGCAUCCCACAAAGUCACGAACAAAAAAGUUUCCGUGUGGACUUGUGACAAACGCGCCGAAAUGGAAGGACUGGGCCCUAUGUCUAGGGAACGGGUCCUAGAGGUUUUGAAGGCAGAGGCGGCAGCACUAAGCAAAAUGCGACAUCCUUCUAUCUUGGAAAUGGUCGAACCCCUUGAAGAAACACGGAACGAACUGAUAUUUGCAACGGAACCUGUCCUUUCGUCACUUGAUCUUUCGAUACCACGUGGAUCUCGCCAUACGCCUCUUGUUGAGCUAGACGAAAUCGAAAUCCAGAAAGGCAUACUGCAGCUCUGCAAAGGCCUGUCCUUCCUGCACACUUCAGCCAGACUGGUUCACACCAACCUGAAACCUGAAUGUGUGAUCAUCAAUGACGUCGGUGAUUGGAAAAUUUCCGGCCUCGGCCUUACCAUCCCUCUCGUUGGUACGGAUGGAUCUCCGACGCGUUGGGAAUUUCCUGGUUUUGAUGGUCGCGUGCCGUCAUACAUUCAGCGCUCUUUUGAUUAUAUUGCUCCGGAGUAUGCACUGGAUGAGGUCCUUAUCACUGCAUCUGAUAUGUACUCCCUCGGUUGCCUGAUAUAUGCUGUACACUGCAAAGGCAGCCCACCAUUCAAAAACCACGGAAGUGUAGGUGGCCUAAGGGACAAUGCUAGCCGUCCUGUCCCAGACAUCGGGCAGCUCGACACCGAUUUGCAAGACCUCCUUCGAUCGCUCAUCACUCGUGGUUCGAGUAGCCGGCCAACCCCGUCGACACUUCCGUCCCAUCCGUUCUUCUCGUCACUGCCAAUCUCGACGCUUAACUUCCUAGAUCGCUCGAAUUUCACAGCGAAGACACGAGAGGAGAAAAUCUCUUUCAUGCGUGGUCUUACAGGUGUCCUGGACCGCUUCUCAGAAGGUCUGCGGACGCGGAAGAUCUUGCCAUCCUUGCUUGAGGAGAUGAAAGACACUCACUUACUUCCGUACAUUCUCCCAAAUGUGUUUGCCAUCUCUAACGUUCUCUCUGCGCCCCAGUUCGCUUCGCUUGUUCUGCCCAGUCUUAAGCCCCUGUUCACAAUCAAGGACCCGCCGCAGAACAUGUUGACGCUCCUGGACAAUCUCCACAUGUUGCAGAGUAAAACUGAAAAGGGUGUUUUUCGCGAACAGGUUCUCCCACUUGUGUAUCAUGCACUGGAGUCUGAACACGCUAUGGUACAAGAACGUGCCCUCAAGGUGGUCCCAGAUCUUUGUGAGACGAUCGAUUACGCUGAGGUUUCCGGCGUACUAUUCCCCCGAGUUGCCUUGGUGUUCACCAAAACGAGAAUAUUAACCGUGAAGGUCGCUACGCUAGUAACGUUCCUCAGCUUGGUAAAGACCCUCGAUCAGACUAAUCUCACGCAAAAACUCGUGCCACUGCUGUCAAAAAUCCGGACAAAGGAGCCUGCUGUCAUGAUUGCAACGCUCUCGGUACAAGAGGCCAUGGGUGUCAAGGUCGACAGAGAAGCGGUGGCUACCCUCAUCUUACCACAACUGUGGACAAUGUCCAUGGGCCCUUUACUAAACAUCGAACAAUACCAACGCUUCAUGAGCGUUAUACGUAAACUUGGUGAUCGUGUGGAAAAGGAACAUAAUCAGUUCCUCCGCGACUCGCAGAGGAUUGAGGAUCGCUCGGUGACGAACACCAAUGGUGCCACGUCGCCUGCCUUCAGAACGGGUGUUGAUUUUGAAAGUUUAGUGGGGCGCGCAAAUGGUGCGACUGUGAAGCCGGACACGAUAAUCGACGGAGAUAGCUCGAAGGGAUGGGAUGAUGACGUGUGGGGGAGCAUCUUUAGCGGCACGCCCGAGUCACUCCCAUCGCAGACUCCACCUCCAGCCCCUGCUGUUUCUACCGUGCAACCAUCAAGUUCUCUAUCAAGCCAGGCACAUUCACUACCUUCGUCACCACGGAUAACAACGAUGCCAUUAGUGUCUCGGCCAUCACGAUUAGGUGCUAAGCCUGUCCCUUCUACCUCCUUCGAGAAAUCCGCUUUCACAUCACCUUCGCUACAUCCCAGUCUACCAAAUCGCAUUUCAUCCCCACCGGCACAACCUCAGCGACUUACGAACUACACGAUGCCGCCUCCACUGUCAUCUCCACAAAAGCCUAAUUACAACAUCUCGUUUUCUGACAUCGCUGCUACAUCUCCGAGCACUAUUGCUUCUGUGCCCAACUAUACCCCAUCAAGUUAUACCCCGUUACAGCCUACUUCUCCUGCAUUCUCGAUGUCGUCACCUCCUCUACACGCAUCACCACUUUCGAUGGGGAGCAUACUAGCACCCUCGCAACCUUAUCGACCGACAACUGCUACACGGCCGAUCUCGAAAGAUGACUGGGGAGAUUUCGAUCCCCUCAAGUGA